AAGACAUCAAGAAAAUUCAAGUUGGUCGAAGAGGUGACAAUAGUGUUGAGGACGGCUCUCCCCCGGGCGUAAAAGAAGAAAUGCAACAACAACUUGAAGUACAGAAACAAGAAUAUGAAGAGAAGAUGCGUGUAUUGACACUUUCUAAUUUGGAGGCCGACGAACUGAAAGCGGAGAAAAAACAAAUGGAAGAAAAACUCAAAAUGGUCCAAGAAGAGAUGCAAAGAAUGCUCGAGAUUCAAGCUCAGGCAUAUAAAGAAAAAAUGGCUAAAUUAACUGCAGCGCAAGCGACAUUUGAUCCUCGUCACUUUGCCGAGCCUCGACCGUACACAGACGGAGAGCUGCGUUUGAUUCGCAAGACACUAAAGAAAUGGAAACGUCAACGAUAUGUACAAAUGGCAGAAACAAUACUAAGCAACGCCGUUGUAUUAAAGGAAGCGAACGUUAUCAGUAGAGAGCUCAAAAAGGAUAUUCAAUAUCAACUUACUAUUAUCGAAGAUGAACCAUAUACCAACCCUGUUUCGUUUUAUGAAACUACGUCAGCAUUAAAUCAAUACAAUACGAACGAGGAUACUUCCCUGCAUCUGUCAAAGAAACCGUGCGUUGGUGUGAAAGUAAUUGAUUUCAAGAAUGGAGUGGUAUAUGUGUGGUCACUCGACAAACUGAAAGCUCGUAUGCAAAAGAUGCGCAACUUGUAUAAUUAUAUAGACCGACCUCAGUACAGUAAGCAUUUUAACUGGGAAGAUCCUUUCUAUGAAAACCCCUGUCCUCAAUUUACAUUCAUUGGAAGUGCGUCUAUGGCUUUAAGAUGUUUGAUUUUAAAGUCUGAAUACGAACAACGAGUUCCCGUCAUUUGCCGUUAUUCCGGAAAAGCCAUAGCUCAAUGUUUAAUUCGAAUUAAAUUCAUCAGUGAUUCCAAGCAAUCGAAAGAUCCUUCCGAAAAUACCGUAUUUGAGGUUAGGAUCGAGGAACUCACUGGAAUGAAUGAAGAACAAUACAGUCAAGUUCACAUCCAGUUUAAACUUUCGUCUUUCGGAGCGGUUCCUCCUCUAUCAUCGGGAGAACACAUUUAUGCUACAGAUUUUAAGAGUGAUUUUGGUACAGGGCCAAUUCGCUUUGAUUAUGCACAGACUUUGUCAGUAGCGCUUACACCAGCGAUAGUAGAGGUACUUACGAACGGCAUGUUGGCAUUCGAAAUAUACGGGAAAGCGAAGCCUUGUGUUUUGCAGCAAAUUGAAAAGUGGGACGAAAUUCAAGCAAAUACUGGUGAUUUUCAACCUGAGCGUGUUAUUCCCCGUGAACGGCGAUCAGAAGAAGAACUUGUUGCCGAAGAGAAGCACGAUGUUGUCUCGUGGGUCCAAGUUUGUGAGAUGGCUCCUAGUGGAGAUUAUGUGCCAGUGCAAGUGCUAUCACAAAAUUCACUUGAUCCUGGAGCAUUUUUCUUAAGACAAGGCUUACAGCGUCGUAUUGUGUUAACACUCACCCAUAAUUCUGGUCGACAAUUUCCAUGGACUCGUGUAAGCAAGAUGGAAAUUGGCCAUGUUCGAUUGCUUGAUGGCAAGGGUAGAUUAGCUGAGUCGCCUACACAGAACGAUGUACAAAUGAACAUAGUGCCUCCCCAAAAAGUCGACUUUAACAUAGAUGGGACGAGCACUCUUGUAGCUCAAUGUUCGUGGGACAGUACACUACAUGGCUCGCUAUUCCUCAAUCGCACAACUCAAUCUAAUAGUCGAGUUUUGUUGAGAUUAACAUGGUACGUGGAAGCUGAAAAAUGCGUUGAGCCUAUCUGUUUCAACAUGGAUAUUGCUGUACAAAUACAAGGAAGGGAAGCUCGACCACCUUCCAGAUUGAUACAGUUGUUGAACUCAUCAAAAGUGCUAUGGAAGACCAGUGGACUUUUCUCUAUAACGCUCAAGCCUCCAAUGACACGCAAGAUUUCGGAGCUGUGGCGUUUGAAUACUGCGAAUAAAUACGUGCGCGGCGAAGAAUUACUUGGGAACUGGAAACCACGCGGGGUAUCAUUGGUUAAGGACUAUAAACGAAUAAGUGAAUCAAUACGCAAGCAAGAAGCGGUAGAGUUUAUGAAACAGGUUUACAACAUCGACGAAACGCGUAUAACCGUUGCUGGCGCCAGUAGUAAGAUGGGUAGCCCUGCGAGAGACGAGAAAGAGUUAUAUAAGAAAGUAUGUGAUUUGUGGAUGAAGAAAUGGGGCACGACAAAAGAGAUUGUAAUUAAUCAAGAUCCACCUUUGUCAGGAUCUUAUCCAGACGCAGAAACGUACAAACACACUAAAGACACCAAAUUAGUUGCUCAAGUGCGAAUGGUCGGGAAGACUGACCAAAUAACGAAAAAAGGUUAUCUAUAUACGCCAGAGAAUGCUGACGAUUACUGGGUGAAGCGGUGGUAUGUCUUGAGAAGGCCAUAUUUGUUCAUUUAUGAGUCAAAAACAGAAACGGAAGAACUUGGAGCCAUAAAUCUGUCGUCUGUCCGUGUUGACUAUAUGAAAGAAAGAGAAGAUAUGUUAAAGCGUCAAUACGUCUUUUCUAUUUAUACGAACAACAACGCUUACAUGCUACAAGCUUCUUCUAAACAAGAAAUGAUAGAUUGGAUUUCGAAGAUUGACCAAUUCUACCAAAUCGCUAAUCUGGAUUAA